UUUGUUUUUUUGUUGUUUAUGCUUAUUAAUUACAUUGUUUAGAUUAUUAAUAUCGAUUUUUGUUGUUGUUGUUAACAUGUUAAUCUUAAUCUUCAGAUGGUGAUUCUGCACUUAUACUAAAUCCCUCUUUCUAACUUUGCGUAACUUUGCUUUAGCUCAUGUUCCAGUGGCAAACAGCCAAUGGACGAUUAUUUAAUUCCACUUCUGGAGUAACUUGCACAGCACAGGUGCAAACCUGUUCCAGGUAAAUCAGGUUUUACAAAAUGCAUAUGGAAUCAAACAUCUCAGACCAAGAGUGCUGGUCUAGGGCCAGUUUCUGAGUGACGGUGCGCACUGGGAAAUGAAAGGUGAAAACUGAUCCCAGAUCAGUCCCUCGGAGGAGUUGGACGUUCACGAGCCAGAGUGCGUAAUUAGCAUAGCGUUCGCAUUUCACAGCGCGCUGCGUGUGUGUGCCUGCCAUGGGGGCAUUGGGCAUGCGCAGUGCCUUUUGUUUCUGGAUCCAACACGAGCUUCUUCCCCUCCCGCCUCCUCCCGGCCAACAUACCAUCACGUUGCGUCAGUCUCUGUCGGAAAAACCAGCUCCAUAGCAACCUCUUAGGAGCGCAAAGAAACCCCGCGGACGGAGCGGCGAGCCGAGGAGCAGCGAUCCAGCACCUGGCCGGCGCGCAACGGUUCCCGGCGCGGCUGCCCCGGAGAGCCUGCAGGGUCCGCUGGCGGCAUGGCAUACGCAGAGCCCGAGUUGCAGUGUAGGUGGCUGGCGCUGCACGACUCGGUGACCCUCGGCCCCUCAGAGAGGAGGACUCGCACGUCCUCCGCUGCCGCUGCCAGGAGCAGGCAGUGGAGGUUACACAGCUGCCGGAGGCCCCGGCACGCCCUGCUGGACGAGCGCAGGCUACACCGCGCCACCUGGGACGGCUGCCUGGAGCAGGUGAAGGCCCUGCUGGAGCAUGGCAUCCCUGUGAACUGCCAGGACCCUCAUGGCUGGACGGCCGUCCACCAUGCCGCUUUCUGUGGUCACCUGGCUCUGCUGCGGCUGUUGCUUGGCCCCGGCCAGGCGGAGGUGAACCGCCGGGAUUUCUUCGGCUGCACCCCCCUGCACCGGGCCUGCAUGGGGGGUGACGCAGACACCGCCGAAUACCUCCUCCACAAGGGGGCGUCGCACGAGGCACGCUCCGACUGCGGGCAGACGCCCCUCCACCUGGCAGCGGCCGGUGGGCACCUGGGCUCGGCACGGGUCCUGAUCCAACACCUGGCUGCCCCCGACCCCCGGGACUCGCACGGGUGGACGCCGCUGCACUGGGCGGUGUUUGGGGGGCGGGGUGACCUGGCUGAGCUCCUGCUGGACAACGGGGCGGAUGUGGAGGGGGCGGGCGCACUGGGGCCCAGCCCCCUGCAGCUGGCGGUGAUGGUGGGCGACGAGGCGGGCACGAGACUCCUGCUCCACCGCGGAGCCGACGCCAACCUCCCAGGCUGUGGUGGGAGAACGGCGCUGCACCUGUGCGCCCGCUCCGCGGCGAAGAAGAUCCUGCAGCACCUGCUGGCAGCUGGGGCAGCGGUGGGCGCGCGGGACGUGGACGGGGCCGCGCCGCUCCACCUGGCGGCCCGCGCUGGCUCCGGGGCCGUGGUGCACCUGCUGAUCCUGAGCGGAUCCGGCCUGGAGGACAGGGAUGGCCUGCAGAUGACGCCGCUGCACUACGCCGCCCUGCAGGACAACGGCGAGGCCGCCAAGCUGCUGCUGCACUACGGCGCGCAGGUGGACGCAGCCGAGCGCCUGGGACGGACACCGCUGCACCUGGCCGUGGAGAGGGGACACUGCAAGGUCCUGGGCAUUUUGCUGGAGAGUGGGGCAGACCCUUCAGUUAGGACCAAGUGGAGAGAGACUGCGGAGGAUGUGGCAAGGACACACGAGCAGCUCGCGUCGCUGGAGCUGCUCCAGCAGCACAGCGAGCGAGCCCGUACGGGAUAGGGUUUAGACUACUAAUAACCUGUUGUUUUGACAUUUACAUAUGAAUCCAACGGCCAUCGAGACUUGAAGACCCAGUUUUACUGAACUAAAAGGACUACUUUUGGAUUGAGACAUUUUUUAAACUAAUUACGCUUUGCUGUUUGGUAGCAUCAGUCCACGGCUACGUGCGGGUAUUGUGUACGCAUAGCGUGCGGUCCUUUGACGGCGCGCGCACCUUUUGAGCUGAGCUCACGGUCACGUUUCGGAGACGUACUCGCGGAGGGAUAUGUUCAGGCUCAGCGGUGAACGCUCAUACUCGAGUUUCUGGAAUCGACGUCAUUGAAACUUUGGCGUGACUGAAAAUGAUGGGAUUCAAUAUAUUUGUGUAUACAAACGUUACUGGUUAAUCAUUUAAAUUGAACAGCUAUUCGUUUAAAAAAAGAAUUAACGUUUAAAGGGUGAAUCGUGUUAUUUUUUUAGAGUAAUAUUGAUAGAGACACUAUUAAUGCUCAAUGUAUCCACUUAUGUAAUGUUGUAUUGAA